AUGGCCAGCUUGGUGAGCUCAAACUUCUCGGCUCUUCCAUUCCUCCCACAGAUUGACCUGCAUAAUAACAGUCUCCGUGGUGCACUACCCGCUAGUAUCGGCUCCCUAACAGCACUUUCGGUACUUAACCUUCACCACAACCAGAUCACAGGCAAAAUUCCUUACGAGAUUGGUGACCUACAAAGUCUCAGGCUGCUUGAGCUCUCAUUUAACAGACUCACAGGACAUAUCCCUGCGUCUCUGGCAUCCUGCAGUAGUGAGCUUUGUUCAACUGCUUUUUCAGGUCCAAUUCCAAUCUUCAUCACAAAUCUCACAAAGAUGGACAUUCUAACUCUCUGUGAAAAUCAAAUCACAGGCUCCAUCCCACCGGCAAUAGGCAACCUCACUAUGCUCAGUGAACUUUCUCUGUUUACAAAUCAAAUCACAGGCACAAUACCUUCAGAAUUGGGCAUCUUGUCGAAUCUCCAAAAUUUUGACUUGUCCGACAACCAAAUAUCUGGCUCUAUUCCUGACAGCUUAGGAAAUACUUCCAAGCUAGUAGUACUACAACUCUGGGAAAAUCAGAUAACCGGCUCAAUACCAAAAUCUUUUGGGAAGUUGCAAAGCAUCAAAGAAAUACAAAUCUUUAGUAACAAAUUAUCAGGUUCUCUUCCUCAAGAAUUUGGAGAUCUCAUAAACCUUGUUGUACUUGGGAUGUCUAACAACUCACUUUCAGGACCUUUACCCGCAAAUAUAUGUUCAGGUGGCAGACUUCAAUAUCUCAUGGUCUCUUCUAAUAUGUUCAAUGGCCCCAUUCCAAGGAGUUUAAAGACAUGUAUAGGUUUGGUUCAACUUCACCUUGAGUCAAACCAACUAACAGGCGACAUAUCUCAGCAUUUUGGUAUAGAAAAGCUAAGCAGUCUAGAAUACCUUGAUAUAUCCGCAAACUUACUGAGUGGAUCAAUACCUGAGCAACUAGGGGCCUGCAUGAAACUAAGGUCCUUGAAGAUCAACAAUAACAACUUCGGUGGGAGUUUGCCUGGAGCGAUUGGAAAUUUAGCAGGCAUGCAGAUCAUGUUUGAUGUGAGCAACAAUAACCUCAGUGGCGUGUUGCCACAACAACUUGGGAAGUUGGAGAUGCUAGAAUUUCUGAAUUUGUCACAUAAUCAAUUCAGUGGCAGCAUUCCAUCCUCCUUUGCAAGCAUGGCGAGCCUUUCAACACUUGACGUGUCCUACAAUGACUUGGAAGGGCCAGUCCCAACAGCACGGCUACUCCAAAAUGCUUCAACAAGUUGGUUUCUUUUCAAUAAAGCUGCUCACCAUAAACGGAAGGUAAUUGGUUGGCUUUUACCAAUUGCUCUUGUGGUGGGGUUCAGUAUUGUUGCUGCAAUUGGUGUCAUAAUAAUGUUUAGUUGUAACAAGAGAAAACCACAAGAAGGUGUCACUGCUGAAGCAAGGGACCUAUUCUUUGUUUGGAAUUUUGAUGGAAGAUUAGCAUUUGACGAUAUUGUAAGGGCAACAGAAGACUUCGAUGAUAAGUACAUCAUUGGAACAGGAGGAUACGGCAAAGUCUACAAGGCACAACUCCAAGACGGGCAGCUGGUUGCUGUGAAGAAGCUUCAUCAGACCGAAGAAGGGUUGGAUGAUGAAAGAAGAUUUCACAGUGAAAUGGAAAUUUUAUCACACAUCCGUCAACGAAGCAUUGUCAAAAUGUAUGGAUUCUGCUCCCAUCCAGUGUAUAAAUUUCUCGUCUAUGAGUACAUUAAGCAGGGAAGCCUCCACGGGACAUUGGAAAAUGACGAGCUAGCAAAGGAAUUAGAUUGGCAGAAGAGAAUUACUCUUGCAACUGAUGUGGCUCAGGCAAUAUCUUAUUUGCACCACAAAUGCAGUCCACCUAUAAUCCAUCGAGAUGUCACGAGCAACAACAUUUUACUUGAUACAUCCUUCAAGGCUUUUGUCUCGGAUUUUGGCAUAGCAAGGGUUCUUAAGCCUGAUUCGUCAAACUGGAGUGCACUAGCAGGAACGUAUGGCUACAUAGCUCCUGAACUGGCGUACACAUCUGUUGUGACAGAGAAAUGUGAUGUCUACAGCUUUGGGGUGGUUGUGCGGGAGCUACUGAUGGGGAAGCAUCCAAGAGAUCUACUAGAUGGUAGUUUCUCAAGCGGGGAACAAGGCAUGCCGGUGAAAGAUAUUCUGGACCAACGGCCGAAUACGCCAACAACAACAGACGAGAGUAGCUUAGCUCUGGUCAUCAAGGUGGCAAUUUCUUGUUUGGAAUCUUCUCCACAAGAAAGGCCAACCAUGCGGGAGGCAUACCAAACACUCAUCCAGCGACCCUCUUCUAGCUCCUGCCUCGUGCCUUUCAGUGCACUUACAUUACAGCAAGCGAUGCAUGUUGAUAUAUGA